AUGAUAACCCCUUUAAUAUUUCCUCGGUGCACCCAACAUCAACUUAGCCGCAACAUAGAAGCUGAUAAAGGGCAACUGGCCAUCUUCGGUCAACCUCCUGCCCACAUCGAUCUAGCUGAAAGUCAAGUACGUCGAGACAAUGCAGCCGUGAUUGUUCUGCUGCUUCUCAGCAUAAUUGCAGUGGGUCUCCGGUUCAUCGCGAGACUGGCCGUGCGGAAUCCUUUUCGACUGGACGACUGGUUGAUUCUGGCGUCCCUGGCUUUUGUCGCAGCCACAGCAGGUCUAAGUCUAGCAGGCGGCGCAUUUGAUGCUGGAAAGCAUGUAUGGGCAGAAUCUCUGGCCGAUGUGUCGACUAUUUUCAAAAUUCUGCUCACAUACACCUUUAUGUAUGCUGCCGGAUGUUCAGCAUAUAAACUCUCGAUCCUCUUCUUCUACCGCCGAAUUUUUGUGGUUGUUCACCAGCCCCUCUCCCUCCGAAUCUCCGUUUUGAUUGGAUUUGUGCUCGCGCUCUCGUACCCUGUUAUUGUCUGGGUGGCCAUGGGAAACUGCUGCCAACCGCUGUCCUACUUCUGGAAUCAGUUCCAAGGUGCGUCGGGAACGUGCAUUGACACUGACACAUUCUUUCUCGCCACCGGAAUCAUCAAUAUGCUCCAAAUGAACCGCCGGAAGAAGAUUGCUGUUUACCUAAUUCUUGCGUUGGGUAGCUUCGUUUGCGUAGCCAGUGCCGUGCGCAUAUAUGUUCUAUAUCGAUUUACCCACGCUCAUGAUAUUACUUGGAUGAUGGGACCGCUGUUCAUCUGUUCCAGUAUUGAGCCAUCCGUAGCUAUUGUUUGCGCCUGUCUCCCCCAUCUCACCCGCAUUCGGAUAUUGUGCAGUCAAGGAAGCAAAGGCAAUCAAUUCCCCUUCUCAGUGUCUCCACGGAAGCCUUCACGCCAUCAUGGAGACCGGGCCCACUUGCAGGCUAGCAUACGACUCGGCCAGCCAAGGCGCGUAAGGACGUUAACCUCUACUUGCGGGGUGCCUGAAGACGAGGUUGGGCUGGCCAACCUUGGGAUGGAUGACAUGACGGCACAACAUACGCCAUCUCUGCGCUCAACAUCGGAAUAUCCCAUUCCAGAUCACUCCAUUGUCGUCCGCUCUAGCUUGGCGCAAUCCGUCUCCUAUCGCUAG